AUGGGCAAAAACAGCGGACAAAAGAGGAAGCAAAUGAGAACGGAUCCCCCACUCACUUUCAUGACGGUCGGAAGCUUUGCAACAAUGGAACAAGCACGAAAAUUGGACUUCUCAGUGAACGAAGUCCUAGCAGUGAUGCACUUCCCAAUUGGCCUCAACCUCGGAGACACAGCCAACUUGAAAGGAAUAUACGACACAGAAGGAUGCUGCAACAUAGGAGAAAAAGCAUACCACCUCACCAUCGCAAAACAAUACCCCCAAUUGGUCAAACAGGUGUACGACUUUCCAAAGAUUCACUACGCCCCCAUCAAGAUUGAAGGAAUCAAAGACAGCGUCAACAUUGAGGCAAUCAUUGAAUACUACAUCCCUUUUGCCAACGAGGAUGGAGAAAAUCACACGUUGAUGAUUGGAUUGACGGAGCAACUACCCAUCAACACACUCUUUGGAUUACCAUUCAUGUUGAAGGCAA